CUUUCACUUUCAAGUUUAAAAGGUUAUUUCUUAGUCUUUCAAAUCUACUUAGCUUCGAAAGCCUCCUACUUCUUCCAGUAUAGAUCAUCACCCUCACCUUGUCUAACUAAGAACCUAAGAAGAAAAACAUGGCAGGGUCUGAUGCAGAACACCAACUCCUGCUUGGCGAACAUUCCCAGAUCAAACGAGGGGGUUGGAUUACCUUCCCUUUCAUCACAGUUGGGAUGAUGGGUAUGACGCUGGCAUCGGGGGGGUGGUCGUCAAACCUGGUAGUCUAUCUGAUCGAAGAGUUCAACGUGAAGAGCGUCGACGCCGCCCAAAUCUCCAACAUCGUCAACGGCUGCUCUAGUCUCCUCCCCAUCGCCGGGGCCAUCCUCGCGGACUCCUUCUUUGGCUGCUUCUCCGUCAUCACCUUCUCUUCCAUUGUCUCUCUUCUGGGUAUAUUUCUGUUUACUUUAACGGCAACGCUACAAUCCCUUAGGCCUUCACAGGGAGAAACGCCGUCAAAGCUUCAACUAGGGGUUCUAUACAGUGCCUUAACGCUGGGGUCCAUAGGGAGUGGUGGCAGGGGCUUCACCAUAGCAACAAUGGGUGCCAAUCAGUUGACCAAGUCAACGGAUCAGGAGGUCUUCUUCAACUGGUUUUUCUUCACACUCUACGUCGCUUCCGUCAUCAACUUCACAGCCACCGUCUAUAUAGAGGACAACAUUGGGUGGGGUUGUGGGCUUGGGUUAUCCGUCGCCAUUAAUACCGUCGGCUUGGCAGUUUUCUUGGCCGGAAAACGCUACUAUCGUAGUGUGAAGCCAAAGGGAAGCCCUUUCAUAAGCUUAGCUCGGGUGGUGGUCGCCACCAUUCGCAAGUGGAAAGUAGUAUUGGUGUCUUCCAAAAACCAGCAUAGCCAAGAUGAUUCUUAUUACUAUGGCAGAAGUAAUCAGGUUGCAGGGUUGCCUUCUUCAGCUCUCACCCCAAGCUUCAGAUUCUUGGACCGUGCAGCUUUGAAAACGGAAGGUGACACUAAACCGGACGGCUCAAUCGCAAAAUCAUGGAGGCUAUGCACAGUGGAGGAAGUCGAAGACCUCAAGACCCUACUCCGACUCUUCCCUCUCUGGUCCGCCAGCAUCUUCUUGAGCAUCACGAUCGGAAUCCAGAUCAGCCUCACGAUCCUCCAAGCUCUAACCAUGGACCGCCACCUUGGGCCCCACUUCCAAAUCCCUGCUAGCUCCUUCUACGUCUUUGGUCUUCUAUCCACGGCAAUCUUCAUCUGUGUCAUUGAUCGUUUCCUCCCCUCCACGUGGCGCAAGUUGACCGGUCUUUCACUGACCCCACUUCAACGAAUAGGGCUCGGCCACGUUCUCAACAUCGUGGCCAUGGCAGCGUCUGCCCUCGUGGAGUCAAGACGGCUUCAGUUUCUGCCGAUGUCAGCAUUGUGGUUGGCAGUGCCUCUUAUCAUCGUCGGCGCCGGCGAAGCCUUACACUUCCCAGGACAGGUGUCUUUAUAUUAUGAAGAAUUUCCAGUGUCACUGCGGAACACGGCAACGGCUAUGGUCGCGUUGCACAUUGGGAUUGGGUUUUAUCUAACUACGGCAUUGAUCGAUUUGGUACGGAGGGUCACCGCUUGGUUACCGGAUAAUAUCAACCAAGGGAGGAUAGAUAACGUGUUCUGGAUGAUGGUGGUGAUAGGAAUGGCUAACUUUGGCUAUUACCUAAUGUGUGCCAGGAGGUACGAAUACCAAAAUGCUGGCAAGUGGGACGCCACCACUUCUAGCUCAGAGUCUCAUGAGGACCAAGACUGAUGGUGGUGAUGCGUCUUCGUUUGGUCUCUUAUCUUAGUGAGAUCUAAAGAUGUGGAUCGACUGUAAUCUGAUAGUGUAAAUUCACUUGUAACCCUUC